AUGGCUGAGCUGGGGCCAGAGCCGGGGUACGCUUGGCGGGUGCUUGCCCUGUGUGGGGCUGCGGUGUUCCUGGCGGCAGCUGCGGCGGGGGCAGCCCUACUGGCCUGGAAUCUGGCCGCCGCGGCCUCCAGAGGGUCUCACUGCCCUGAGCUGGAGCCCAGAGUCAAUGCCACGGUGCCCCCCGGGAACCCUUUGUGGGAGCUCCAGGAGUUGCAGCGACAGUUGGCAGAGGCUGCUCAACGAGAGGAAGCUCUGGCCAAGCAGCUGGACCAGGCCAAGGGUGUCCAUCGGGAGCUGGAGGAGGCUCUAAGGGCCUGUGAGGGCCACCAGAGCCGGCUUCAGACCCAUCUGAUGACACUGAAGACUGAGAUGGACGAGGCCAAGGCACAGGGGACUCAGAUGGGGGUCGAGAACGGGGCGCUGACAGAAGCCCUGGCGCGGUGGGAGGCAGCGGCCACUGAGUCUACGCGGCUGCUGGAAGAGGAGCAGCGGCGCGCACGCGCGGCCGAGGCCGAGGGGGGAGCCUGCGCGGCCCGGGAGGCGGUGCUUCGGGAGCGUGUGUGA